AUGGUCAAUUAUCUAUAUGCACGCAUUUCAAAUAACAAAUGGAUACCACAACUCGGUUCCGGCCAUCCAGGAGUGGCCCUUGGAGUCCUCCUCAAGAAAUCGCGGGGCAAUUAUGUCUGUUACCCUGAGAUAAUGUCCCCCGUCCUUCUCGCCGCCGUUCAAAAGCUCAAUGUGGAGGUGGCAUUCACAAUGCGCACCGAGAUGAUAGAAGGGUUGUUUCAAUCGUGGGAUGAUGAUCGGAAAGACCUGCGUCUGAAGGAUGGGUCUCAGCUCCAAUUCGUGAACUCGCUCAGCACCGUGGCUUCGACGAAUAUCAAGAAAUUCCAAUAUGCUUGCUUGGUGCGUGAUGAGCGUAUGGCCCUUGUAUGGCACGAUGAUCUGCAACAAAUAAUACCGCAUGCGACGCGGCUGGAAGAGAAACUUCUGUCAUUGGUUUGGGGUACAGAUGCUUUGCCGUUCAGUCUACUUUCACCUUCAGGGACGAGCAUAGCACCUAGUAUAUACGGUUCUCCGAACCCAUCUGUGUCGAACCUGAGCAUCGUGAAAGCGCCCCUCGGUCUAUCCGAUCUGGUUCAGGAGGACACAUUACAAUUACACGAUAAAUCGAUGGACAAUCCAGAGUCCCUUGAACGGCCAGUUUAUCUCACCAGCGCUUUCUUCGUGGGCAUGGGAAUGUGCCUCAUUAUCGUUCUUCUUCUCGGAUUUGCAACCUCCAAAUUAAUCGUCGAAGCCUUAACAGAUGGGAAGUGGGCCCGCUUAGGUUUCAUUGCUGUCACUCCUUUGCUCUUGUUGGUAGGGCUCUUCUUCAUCAUCGUUAUCAUCACGGAUUCGUUCCAAGCCUUUGGCCCCAUUGGCGGUAUCAAGUGCAACUCACGAUUCUUCUCCGCAAUCCGACCAAGUCUUGCUCGCGCAUACUCAGAGGGGUUCACGCCCCCGCCUAUCACCAUUCAAAUGCCCGUCUACAAAGAAGGUCUAGAAGGUGUCAUUAAGCCCACAAUCAACAGUCUGAAGGAAGCUAUUUCUCACUACGAGUCUCACGGAGGCACCGCAUCCAUAUUUAUUAACGAUGAUGGUAUCCAAAUAAUUCCAGAAGAAGAAGCUCAAGCCCGGAGAGAAUACUACCACGACAACAAUAUUGGAUGGGUGUCCCGCCCAAAGCAUGGCAAAGACGGCUUCGUGCGUAAAGGGAAAUUCAAGAAGGCAUCCAACAUGAACUUUGCACUUAACAUCUCUCAGAGAGUCGAGGCUUAUCUACAAGAGAUGGUGGAGACCAGGAUAGCAGCAUACGGGACGGAUCAUAUCAGUCAGCGUGAGGAAGACGAGAUGUACCAGAUCUGUCUUGAAAGAGUGCUCAAGGAAGAUCCCAGGGCUCAAGCUGAUGGUAACAUCCGAAUGGGAGAGAUCAUCCUGAUUAUUGAUUCCGAUACUCGAGUUCCCGUUGAUUGCCUCUUGUAUGGCGCAGCAGAGAUGUUUCUUUCUCCUGAGGUUGCCAUUGUUCAACAUUCUACUGGAGUGAUGCAAGUCGUCAAUGAUUAUUUCGAAAACGGUAUCACGUUCUUCACAAAUCUGGUAUAUACCUCAAUCAGAUAUUCAAUUGGCUGCGGAGAGGUUGCCCCUUUCGUUGGACACAACGCCUUCCUGCGGUGGCAAGCUGUUCAAUCGGUCGGCGUUAAGGAGGAUGAUAAAUAUAUUGCAUACUGGUCAGAAAGUCAUGUCUCCGAAGAUUUCGAUAUUGCAUUGCGGCUUCAGAUUGCUGGCAACAUUGUACGAGUCGCAAGCUACCACAAUGAUGAAUUCAAAGAGGGUGUGUCCUUGACAGUGUACGAUGAGCUAGCACGAUGGGAAAAAUAUGCAUAUGGCUGCAGCGAGCUCGUCUUCCAUCCUAUUUAUCAAUGGCCAUUCAAAGGCCCAUUCACGCCGCUAUUCAUUACCUUCCUUCGAUCAAACAUUUUACUGUCUUCAAAAUGUACAAUCUUGGCGUACAUUGCUUCCUACUUUGCCCUCGCCUCAGGUGCCACUCUCACGUUUAUGAAUUAUUUCCUUGUUGGAUGGUUCAACGGAGAUCUCGAUAAAUUCUACAUGCAAUCAUGGAAUGUCUUUGUGUCACUAGUAGUCGUCUUCAACCUGGGCGGCAACAUAAGUCUCGCGAUCCUUCGGUACCGACUCGGCGAGCGAAGUCUCCUCGGCUCUCUAGGCGAGAACUUCAAAUGGAUGCCCAUGUUCACCAUCUUCUUCGGCGGGCUGUCUUUCCACCUGAACUGCGCCAUCCUCGCCCAUCUCCUGCACAUUGACAUGCAGUGGGGCGCGACCGCGAAGGAGAAGGAGAAUUCGAACUUCUUCCAGGAGAUCCCGAAGAUCUUCAAGAACUUCAAGUGGAUGUAUUUGUUUCUGGCCAUCAUUACCGGCAUCAUGAUUUACCUGGGGACUGCGGCGCCCAGGGGCUGGGAUAUCAAGGGGAUUACGGCUGUUGUCCCCAUGGCCGUUACUGUCGUUAGCCAUGCGUUGGUGCCGUUUGUAUUGAAUCCGAGUUUGAUGGUCUUUAAUUACUGAAUUUUUAUUUGUCAUAUGGUUGGAGAAGGAGUAGGUUAGAUAGACUUGGGUUGGGCAACAUAGACUGUAAAUUGGGGGCGUAAUUAGAUACAUGGCAAUGGAUGGGGUUGGGGC